UCAAAAAAAUGAGUACUCAAAUUCCAAUGGAUCCACCAAAGUUCCUGUGUAUGCCAGCAAGACCCCUUGUCGUUGGACUAGCUGUUUUUGGAGCAAUUCGGAGUUUUGUGCAAUUCUGGAUGUCAAGUGGGUUCGGUAUGGCUGGAACCCAUUUUUGUGUUCUUCUUCUCGAUUUGCUACUUCUUUUUGGUGCCUACAAGAAUGAUGUGUUUGCAUUGAAAUGGUCACAGAGAGUUACGUUUGCCUGUGUGUUAAUCGCAAUAAUCCGUUUUAUGAUCUACCCAGUUGUUUUUGCCAGUUACAUGGCUUCUGGCCUUUCUCGUAACUUCACAGGCAUCGACUCAGAAGAAAUUGAAAUUCUUGGAAAUGUUACAACACCCGAGCAAAACUUCGUUUUUGGAAUGAUUUCCGGUUUCACUCUUGAAUUUGCAACUGCUCUUUCUAUUGGAGUUGAAUCGCUGAAAUAUCUGCUAGUCCAUCGUCUCUGGGAAUACGCAAAAGCAACAGAAGCUUCAUCUUCCAGUCGAUACGUUAUUCCAUAAAAAUGUUGGUUUCUAUUAUUGUCUUUAAGUUAUUCAAUUUUCAUAUUUGGUAAUAAAUUUGUGUUUAAGCUC